AAUAGCAUGUCUUUAUCAAGUCUUUUACCCACGCCCACAAAUGCUGUGUGGGACCGUGAGGAUGAAAGACGCGUGGCUGCCAAAGGUGCGCCACAAAUUGGUGCCUUGGUAUCGGCAAAGAUAGCAGCACCUCCCUAUGGCCAGCGCAAAGAUUGGAUACCACGCACCGAGGCGGAUUUUGGUGAUGGUGGAGCAUUCCCGGAAAUUCAUGUUGCCCAAUAUCCGCUUGGUAUGGGCGCUCCCGCCAAUUUGGGCAAGAAGUCGAAUGCAUUGGCUGUACGCCUGGAUGAGAAGGGAAAAAUUAAAUAUGACGCCAUUGCCAGACAGGGACAUGGUAAAGACAAAAUUGUCUACUCUUCAAUAUCACAGCUGUUGCCAGCUGAAGUUUUGUCUGAGGAUGCCGAAGAAUUACAGCGUCCGGAUGCUGAAACAAUUGCCGAGACAACCGAAGCCACUCGGAAAGCUUUGGAAAAGUUGACAAACCAGAAAAUUGCCGCUGCUAUGCCUGUACGCCACGCGGAAAAAUCAGCUCCAGCACAAUACAUACGUUAUACGCCAUCCCAGCAGGGUGAUGCAUUCAAUUCCGGAGCGAAACAAAGAAUUAUUCGUAUGGUGGAAGCUCAAGUCGAUCCUAUGGAACCACCUAAAUUUCGUAUCAAUAAAAAAAUUCCACGCGGCCCACCAUCACCACCGGCCCCUGUACUCCAUUCACCCUCACGCAAGGUGACCGUAAAGGAACAAAAAGAAUGGAAAAUACCGCCCUGUAUAUCGAAUUGGAAAAAUGCCAAAGGUUAUACUAUACCACUUGACAAACGUUUGGCAGCCGAUGGCAGGGGUCUUCAGCAGGUCCACAUUAAUGAAAAAUUCGCCAAAAUGUCCGAAGCUUUGUAUAUAGCCGAUCGCAAAGCUCGAGAAGCUGUCGAGGCACGUGCCCAAUUGGAAAAGAAAUUGGCCCAAAAGGAAAAAGAAAAGAAAGAGGAUAUGUUGCGUAUGAUGGCCCAAAGGGCUCGUGAAGAACGUGCCGGCCUGCGAAAUCCCACAGAUGAUGCGGCUGGUUCAAGUGCUGAGGCCAAAGAACGCAAUGAAUUACGCGCCGAACGUCAUCGUGAAAGGCAACGGGAUCGCAACUUGGCCAGAGCUGCUCCCGACAAGCGUUCCAAAUUACAAAAGGAACGUGAACGUGACAUAUCUGAACAAAUUGCCCUGGGUAUGCCCGCCAAGACGGCCAGUAAUGGCGAAGCUCUGUUCGAUCAACGUCUUUUCAAUACCACCAAGGGUAUGGAUUCCGGCUAUGGGGAUGAUGAAGCCUAUAAUGUUUACGAUAAACCAUGGCGUGAUGCAAAUUCCAUGGGUUCACAUCUAUACAGACCAAGCAAACAAAUUGACAAUGACACAUAUGGUGCCGACUUGGAUCGUAUUGUCAAUACACAACGUUUUGUCCCCGACAAGGAAUUCUCUGGAACAUCACGUGGAGCUGCUGGUGGUGCUCCCGCACGUAGUGGUCCAGUGCAGUUUGAGAAAGAAGAAGAUCCUUUCGGUUUGGAUCAAUUCUUGAAUAUGGCCAAGAAAGCUCCCAAAAGGGGAGAGGAUAAGAAUGAUCGCAGUUCAGGCAGUAGUUCGGAUAAGAAACGUCGAAAAGAUUAAAGUGUUU